GAAAGCAGCACUGUGAUGCCUGCACCUCCUCCUCCUGUCCUCUGAGGCGUCACAAUCCUGUUUUCCUCCGCGUUGGGACCAGCAGCAGCAGCAGCAGCAGCAUCAGGCUCGCAGACUGAGACCCGGAUCAGGAGAGUGGAUGUCCCGGCUGUGCGCAGACCUGCUGCCGGAUGCAAAGUCAGCUCAGAGUGUGAUGCAGCUGUGUGAUGGGAGGAUCCGCCGGCCAGGAUGGGCAACAAGCAGACAACCUUCACCGAGGAACAGCUGGAGGCGUAUCAGGACUGCACCUUCUUCACCCGGAAGGAAAUCCUGCGGUUACACGCUCGAUAUCGUGAGCUGGCGCCACAUUUAGUGCCGCUGGACUACACCAACAACCCCGACAUCAAAGUCCCGAUGACGCUCAUCGUCACCAUGCCUGAACUGAAGGAAAACCCGUUUAGAGAGAGAAUCGUGGAGACGUUCUCCGAGGACGGACAGGGGAACCUGAGCUUCAGCGACUUCAUCGAUAUGUUUUCUGCCCUCUGCGAAGCUUCACCCAGAGAGCUCAAGACCAUUUACGCCUUCAAGAUAUACGACUUUAACAGGGACAACUUCAUCUGUAAGGAGGACCUGGAGAAGACCCUGAACAAGCUGACCAAAGGGGAGCUGACGCCCGAGGAGGUCACGCUGGUGUGUGACAAAGCCAUCGAGGAGGCCGACCUCGACGGAGACAACAAGCUCUCAUUCGCCGACUUUGAGAACAUGAUCUCCAAGGCUCCUGACUUUCUGAGGUACCGUCACCUCUUCGGUUAUGUGUUCAUUUUUUAAAGUAAGGCAGAGACGUGGCUGCUCCUCUCCCACAAACCUCCACAGUGACAGCGCAAAGUUAGAAAAGUAUGUGAUUGGUUUUUUAAUUCUUAAUUUCUGUGUUUGGAAUCGGUCCAAAGUGUUUUUUGCUGCUCAGACUGUUGUCUGACUGUUUCUUAUAUUUCCCCUCCAGGCUGUCAUGGGGUGCUGUUGCCAGCUCAUCACAAUAAUGUCACAUAACACAUCAGCUCUGUGCUCUCUGCUCUUGAAGCAGCAUUUUUUGGAGGAAAAUAUGCUUUAGGGUCAGUUUUCUUCUGUUCUGCUGGCAGUAUCACUAAAACACGAUGAUCUGCAGGGUUAUCAACAGUUUUCAUCCAUCCACCACAAAAGCACACACUAUUUUAGCUUUUUAAAUCACAGUCAGCUGUACAGACUGUGCUGCGGCUCAGUAUGAUCCUCCCACUAAUGCAGCGGUGUCAAACUUACUAAAUGAGUCUUACUGUGCGCUGGAAGAUAUUUGUAGCUCUUGUUUGAUCUGCUGCUCAACACACAUCAGUUGUUUCACGAUUGAGGCUGAACUGAGGGGCUGCAUGAAGGGACAGCAUCAAAUCAAUGAGAAGCUUCACCGUGAAGCUGCCGGCGGGAUGUCUCCUGAAAGGACAGAGGAUGGUUGUGAUCCAGGUCCUGAUCCAGGUCCUGAUCCAGGUCCUGAUCCUGGCUGUGAGUGUUUCUCACUCAGGCUGCUGAGUCUUCUGCUGCUCUGCAUAAAGCUGCAGAGAUAAAACCCACGAGUUUUACUGCUGGCAAUCCAUCACAGUGUCCCACAGUGAGCACAGAGGAGGGGUGAAGGGAGAGACAAGGGGAAGAAGAGUAGAGUGAGGAGGAGGAGGGUGCAUUUAUCAAGUCAUUGAGUUCAGUCAUUAAUUUGUCUAUCACACUGGACCGCCGCUCAGAGAUAAUAGCUGGAAACUGGGCUCAAGGGUUGGUGUUACUAUGGCAACAGAAGCAGUUAAACUGUAAAAAGAGAAAGCUGGAAAGCCAUUAUGUUUACUAGCUGGUACAUCACCUCCCGCGUCACCCUGGUUACGGUCGGCCAGUUAAUCUGACGUCACAAAGCCGAGCGGCUCGACUGUCAUAAACGUCGGCGUGAACGCGCGUCUGCAAGGUGCGGCGUGCAGAUAGCAGCAUUUACGCUCGUCCAGUCAUUUAUGUCUGCUUACAACAGACUCUGCAGCACCUGCUGCGGACCCCCAACCGGCCGGCCCUCCC